AUGUCUACCAUCAGCAGAACGAUUCGCAACCUGCGCAAGGUUGGCUUGAAGGAUGCCUGGCACCAAAUGAACUAUAUCGGCGACACCAAAGCCGGCACCCUCGUAGGCGUCGACAAGUUCGGCAACAAGUACUUCGAGAACCAGGAGGAACUUCCUCUCCGCACGCGCUGGGUCGACUACGCCAAGCACGACUACGACCCCUCGCACAUCGAGCCGCUCUGGCACGCCUGGAUCUCGUACGCCAUCGACACGGUGCCCACGCAGGAUCCCAUCGUGACCCAGGCGCCCAAGAGGCCUUGGGCCCCGCAGGUGCAUCACCCCAACUAUACCAUGACGCCGGGGGCUUUUAAGACUUAUAAUACUGUCAAGCCCAAGCUUCAGUCGUGGGAGCCUGUUGCUGCUCCUAGACGCUAA